AUGGAGAGCCAGGGCAGCCAGGAUGGCAUUGGCGGCGGCGGCGAUGAUCGUGGUGAUGAGGAUGGUACCGAUGAGCCCGGUUCCAGUGCGAGGUUCGACAGUUGGGUACAGGAGCGCAAUUGGACGCCAGACCGCGUCCGCCGCAUCAUCCAACGAGACAGCAAACGAUUAUUGGGCACCAUAUUGAACAUUAGUUCGUGGCGGCAGAUUGCCAUCGCCAUAUCCCGUCGAUAUUUGGACAAGGCAUUCAAGGAGUCAACGAUAGAUGGGGUCGAAGAAGACGACGACGGUGUGGACGAUAACCCGAUCGAUUUACAAGCCGGCCAUGGAACGCACGUGGCCGGCAUGGUAUACGCACGAGAGUUGCAGCAAGGGUUAUUCAGCACGGCCACGAUGCGCGAUAAGUUUCGUUUAGCCGUAGCGAUACGCCGAAAGCGGGAGCCAUUCGAGACGGAGCGGGAGUACCACCAGUUGCAGCGUUUCAGGCGAUUACAGCAGGUCGACAUUGCCGCCCGGUUGAGGGAGAUGAUAGGACCAGACGCCGCGUUCCGUGGCCAGCAAGAGACGGUGAUCCGGGCCAUCAUGCGGGGAGAGAGCCCGAUUGUGCAGAUCGCAGGCACGGGAGAAGGCAAAGAGCAUGUCGUUCAUGUUACCGGCGUAUUGUUCCAGCGACGACGGAGGGACAACCAUCGUCAUCGUGCCGUUGGUAGCAUUGCGAGAUGA